UCAAUUUCCUUUUUCAGUUCCUUCCAUUUUCAGACUCCCGCCAUUAUUUCUCCCAGAUUUUUCGUCCCCGCCGCCGCUUCCUCCGCCAUUAGUUCAUCCACUAUGUCCAGUUCCAGUCAUUCUCCGUCCGCCUUCGACAGACCUCGCUCCGUCAUCAAGAAGAUUCUUGCUAAACUCCAGAACGAAGGCGACGGCGCCGUCGUUCGUCGAGGCAUCGGAAGGAAUGAUUUGAAGAAUCUGGAUCCAUUUCUCAUGCUCGAUGAUUUCUCUGUCACUCCACCGGCUGGAUUCCCCGAUCAUCCUCACAGAGGUUUUGAGACAGUGACGUAUAUGUUACAAGGAGGGAUUACCCAUCAAGAUUUUGCUGGCCACAAGGGUACAAUUAGAACAGGGGAUGUCCAGUGGAUGACAGCGGGACGAGGUAUAGUCCAUUCUGAAAUGCCUGCUGGUGCAGGUUCUCAAAAGGGCUUGCAGCUUUGGAUCAAUCUUGCAUCCCGUGACAAAAUGAUGAAGCCAAGGUAUCAGGAGAUCCCAAGCGACAACAUUCCGAGAGCGGAGAAAGACGGUGUGGAAGUUCGUGUCAUAGCAGGCGAGUCCAUGGGAGUCCGUUCUCCAAUCUACACUCAAACGCCAACUAUGUACCUCGACUUCACUUUGAAACCAAGAGCUCAAGUGCAUCAAAGCAUCCCAGACACAUGGACCUCUUUCGUGUACAUAAUCGACGGUGAAGGAGUGUUCGGGUCCCCGAACUCGUCCCCGGUGGCUGCUCACCAUGUCCUAGUAUUGGGAGGUGGAAAUGGGGUAAGUGUGUGGAACAAAUCUUCAAAGCCAUUGAGGUUUGUUCUGAUUGCAGGGAAGCCUCUGAAUGAACCAAUUGUUCAAUAUGGACCGUUUGUGAUGAACUCGCAAUCUGAAAUUGCACAAGCAAUUGAGGACUACCGCUAUGCCAAAAAUGGGUUUGAAAUGGCGAAGUAUUGGAGAUCUCAGUGAUUGGAAAACCAAAACCCAAAAACAAGAAACAAAGGAAGGAACAAAAUAUCAAAGUGGUAGCUGAAAAGGAAGAUAAUUACAUUUUAAGAAAAGGAAAAGCUUCUAGAAAACCAAGAAUGGUCAUCAUUCAAGUCAAAGUUUAUGUUUUUAAUUA